AUGAAAGCGCUUAGCCCGGGGCUCGAAUAUUUUCACCGGUUAAGUUUUCACUUUUUCCUUCCCCUCUCUCUCUCUCUCUCUCUCUCUCUCUCUCUCUCUCUCUUAUCCCUCUCCCAUGAGGUAAUUGACCUUUCUGCCUUUCUAUCUUUCUCUCUCUCUCUCACACACAGAGAUACAGACUCACGCACAGUCUUUCUUUUCUCCUCUCCCUCGCCCCUCUCUCUCUCUCUCUCUCUCUCUCUCUCUCUCUUACACACACAUUUCUUUCUCUCUUUCACCUCCUCUCUAAAAUGUUUUACGGCCCCUUUUUUUCCGUUCAUUCUUCUUCCAUGCACAGGUGUUGAUAGGUUACAUUUAUGUCAGUGUCCAUUUUCAACCGUCGAAUUUAUCCGUACCCGACUCCACCACAGCCACCUUAGAUCCCUUAUCUCUCCAUAUUUAUAUAACUCCCUCCUCUAUUAUAGGCCAAUUCUUACUCCUCCUUUAAUUCUUUCCUUUUCCUUUUUUACUUCUUUCCUGCCUUUGCCUUUCAAAUUUGCUGUGAAGAAAGGUUUUCUUUAUAUAUUUCUCUAUACUGUUCUUUUUUUCUUUUUCUUCAUUUGCUCCUCUCUCUCUCUCUUUCUCUCUCUCUCUUUCUCUCUCUCUCUCUCUCUCUUUCUUUCUUUCUUUGGUUGGUCUAUAUUUCACUGUCUCUCGACAUCUCUUAUUCUUUAUUUAUCUAUCUAUCCUCUAUCUAUCUAUUCUUUCUGA